AUGGCCACAAGUCAGCCCGGAGGCGGGGGUCAGACCUCGCCGGUCGACAACAACUUCCCGCGCUCCCAGUUCCCUGCCGGCCCGCCCAGCAUCAUCUCCUCGCGGAUGACUGAUAUCGCGUCCGAGAAUGGAGACGCCUAUGCCGAAGCCCCAACAGUCACCACCGGAAACCCGAACCGAAGAAGUCUCUUGGCCUCGGAAUCCCGCCCGGGCACCGCGAGGACCGGCCUGUCGUCGUCGCGCGGCGCAUGGUCGCAAGCAACCCCCUUACGCCGUGGAUACCAGAGAGGGAGCCUGAGCGGCAGUAUUUCUGGCUCUGCUUCCGUCUCUGGACGACCGCCGAGCUCGACGAGCCGUAGUCAUGUGCCUUCGCUGACCUCACACGCCUUCUUUCACCCCAUGAGUUCGCAAAAGUUGCAGGCCCAGCGAGGCGCAUCGCGGCCUCUCACCUCGAGCCAUCAGCCGGGCAUUUCCAUGGACGAGGCCGGUGCCGACGACCCGGCACAGAUUGCACAGCAGCGGGCGAACGCAUCAAGCCCGGUCCACCGCAUAGCCCGGCAACUCACAGAUGACGGUGACGGCCCACCACCGCCAUCCAGAGGCACUGAGAUGACGGAACAGGAGACGUACGAUAGGAUCACCGCCAACACCAGCCCCACACACGGCCACACGGCCGGCAGCCUCACCGACAGCGUGAGGCCACUGCAGAGCAAGAAGCCUGAGACUCGAGAGCUUACCAUCAAUGUGGACAAGAGCAAGGGCUACAAGACCGGUGGCAACAUGCCAACUCCCGCCAAGUCGCCACGCUCCUUCAGGUCCAGUUUCCUGCUUCCUAAGGGGGAGUCAGCGAACAACGGAUCCCACCGCAGCAACCGCAGCAUGCCUGGCGCAGAGAAGCUCUCCUCCGGCGCUUCUUCUCCCCAGCUGACCCCAACCGGGACUGCAUCUGGUCGCGACAAGGUCAAGGUUGCCAAGGCUCCCAAUCUGGGGCGAAAUUACGAAUACUUCGAGGGCAACACGUUUUUCUGCAUCGGCGGUCGGCUCCAGAACACCCGGCAUCGCCCUAUCAACGUUGCCACGGGCUCGUUCGUUGUCAUACCAGCCAUCCUCUUCUUCGUCUUCUCAGCACCCUGGCUGUGGCACAACGUCUCUCCAGCCGUGCCCAUCGUCUUUGCAUAUUUAUUCUACAUCUGUAUAUCUUCCUUUCUCCAUGCGUCCGGUUCCGAUCCGGGAAUUUUACCACGCAACUUGCACCAGUUUCCCCCGCCUGGUGAGGACGAGGACCCUCUGCGCCUAGCACCUCCUAUGAAUGACUGGACUCUCAUCAAGUCCGCCGAGUCUAGCACGGCCGCCAUGGAAGUUCCAGUCAAGUAUUGCAAGACUUGCAACAUCUGGCGCCCUCCCCGCGUUCACCACUGCCGACUGUGCGACAACUGCGUCGAGAACCAAGACCAUCACUGUGUCUGGUUGAACAACUGCGUCGGCCGCCGCAAUUACCGCUACUUCUUCGCCUUUGUCACAUCGGCUACUUUCCUAGCCAUGUUUCUGUUCGGCGCCUCGCUCGGCCAUGUCCUAGCCUAUGCGCAUCAAGAGAACAUCUCUGUCGGAAAAUCGAUAGAUAUCAACCGUGUGCCCUUUGCGAUGGUCAUCUUCAGCAUCCUCGCCUUCACAUACCCUGCUGCGUUGAUGGGCUACCAUCUGUUCUUGGUGGCACGGGGUGAGACCACUAGAGAGUUCUUGAACUCUCAGAAGUUCUUGAAGAAGGAUCGGUAUCGACCCUUCACCCAGGGGAGCAUGUGGAAGAAUUGGGCCGUUGUGCUUUGCCGCCCUCGUCCCCCCACUUAUUAUCGCUUCAAGAAUCGAUUUGAGGAAGGAGAUCAACGAUUCGGAGACCGACGAAGUCAGCGCGACCCCAAGGUAUCCGGCAACGGGCAGGACAUGGAGAUGCAGAGCGUUCCGCCGUCAUCUGGCUUCCAGGGUCCUGUCUCUUUGCACAGCGCCCGGAACCAGUCUUCUUGA